UGAUCGCGUGUCACAUGACCGUGCUUGAGAUCAGGAGUGCGGCUGUAGCCGCCUACAGCAGAUUAACCUCGAGAGCAAGGAUGCGGUCGGUUGGCUGUCCCUGGACUUCCUGAGCGCGGCGGUUCCUUCGACCUUCCAAGGAUGCGGCUUUGGUCUUUGCUCUGGCUGCUGGGCUGCAGAGCGGCUGCUUGGCAGAGCGACGAUUACUGGCUGGAUGAUGCCGUCGGGAUGGGGCGGCAGUUCGAUGGCAUCGGAGCCGUUAGCGGCGGCGGGGCUACCUCACGCCUUUUAGCGAAUUACCCAGAGCCUUAUCGAUCUCAGAUUUUAGAUUAUCUUUUUAAGCCAAAUUUUGGUGCCUCCUUACAGAUCCUCAAAGUAGAGAUUGGUGGAGAUGCACAGUCUACAGAUGGCACGGAACCCUCCCACAUGCAUUAUGAAAAUGAUGAAAAUUAUUUACGUGGCUAUGAAUGGUGGCUGAUGAAAGAAGCUAAAAAGAGAAAUCCUUUCAUUAAAUUGAUUGGCUUGCCCUGGGCUUUUCCAGGAUGGAUUGGGAGGGGUGAGAAUUGGCCUUAUGAUUACCCAGAUGUUACAGCAUAUUAUAUUAUCUCCUGGAUUAUAGGUGCUAAAAAAUAUCAUGAUUUGGACAUUGACUACAUUGGGAUUUGGAAUGAACGAGCUUUUAACAGCAAAUAUAUCAAGAUUUUAAGGUACGCUUUGGAUAAGCAAGACCUUCAGCGAGUGCAGAUCAUAGCCAGCGAUGACCUCUGGGAACCAAUAACAUUUUUCAUGCUCACUGACUCUGAGCUCCACGAAGCAGUCAGUAUUAUUGGGGCUCACUACCCAGGGACAACAACAGUGAAAAGUGCUCAAUUAACCCAAAAGAAACUCUGGUCUUCUGAAGAUUACAGUACUUUCAACAAUGAAGAGGGUACUGGUUGCUGGGCUCGAAUCCUGAAUCAAAAUUAUGUAAAUGGGAACAUGACUGCCACUCUUGCUUGGAAUUUGGUAGCUAGUUACUAUGAAGGAUUACCCUUUGGAAGGUGUGGUUUAAUGACAGCACAAGAACCAUGGAGUGGACAUUACACUGCAAAUUCUCCUAUAUGGGCCACAGCGCAUACAACACAAUUCACCCAACCAGGCUGGUAUUACCUGAAAGUAGAUGGGCAUCUGGAAAAGGGUGGAAGCUUCGUGGCUCUAACUGAUGGGCUAGGCAAUCUGACCAUCGUCAUUGAAACAAUGACUCACAACCACUCACGAUGCAUCAGGCCACCACUUCCUCCCUAUGUUGUGUCACCCCAAAAGGCAGUUUUCCACUUGAAUGGAUCCUUUAACAAAUUGAAAUCUCUUCAGAUGUGGUAUUCCAAGCUUGAUUUUUCUACUGCCAACUAUACAUUAUUUCAGUCACUUGGGCCUAAAACUAUCUCUGAAGGAAUAUUGACGCUAAUAUUGGGCUUGGAUGAAAUCUAUACUUUGACAACUCUAACCACUGGCCAUAAAGGCUCUUUCUCAGAACCUCCUCCUUCUCAACCUUUUCCGUCCACUUACAAAGAUGAUUUCAAUAUCCGCAACCCACCUUUCAGUGAAGCACCAUACUUUGCUGAUCAAACAGGAGUGUUUGAAUAUUUUAUGAACUCUUCUGAUCCAGGGGAGCAUGUCUUUACACUCCGACAAGUGGUUACUCAGAGACCUAUAACCUGGGUUAUGGAUGCAACGAACACAAUCAGCAUUAUAGGCAGCUAUAAGUGGGCAAAUAUCAUAAUAAGCUGUGAUAUUUAUAUAGAAUCAAAUAAAGGAGGAGCAUUCAUUGCAGGAAGAAUUAACAAAGGUGGUAUAUAUAUUGCAUCUGCCAAAGGAAUUUUUUUCUGGGUUUUUCCUGAUGGCACAUAUCAAGUUACGGGAGAUCUCGCUGGUGUUGAAAUCUUGAUGAAAGGGUUAUCUGGUGUGCGAGCAAACACAUGGCAUACACUCACUCUGAUUCUCAAGGGAUCGAAUAUCGCUGGCAUGUUGAAUGGCUAUCCUCUAUGGGAGAACGUCACCACACACAUUCCAAAUAAUGGCUGGGCAGCUAUUGGGACCCAUUCUUUUGAACUGACACAAUUUGAUAAUUUUCAUGUUGAAGCCAGCUGAGGUUUCCAUCAUGCAUUGUCAAUUCUGAGUGUGCCUAGUCAAACCUUAAUCUAAUAAUUAAUUAUGCUACUGGAGAUUUUUGAUUGUUUCCUGCUAAUGUUAAUAUACAUUCAAAUGUUCUUUUGACUACAAA